AUGGAUACUGAGUGCAUGGGCGUUAUUGAGAACGAAGAUGCAUGUCUGGACAGAUCUGAAUUAUUGGAAGAGAAGGGAAAGGGUAUUGCAGGCAAUGACAGGAGUGAUGAAGAAUCAUUUUGGUCUGAAUGCCCUGAUCACAUAAUUGAAAGGAUGUUUUCGACUCUACCGAUGGAGUUCAGUUCUCGAUUUCGCAUUGUGUGUAAAGAGUGGAAUAUGCUCUUAUCCUCCUGCAGAUUUAUGUCUCUAUUGCCGCAGAGAGAUCCAUGGUUUCUCCUCUGCAAUGAAACGCAUGCCGUAGCGUUCUGUUUUCUCACGCAAUCAUGGAAGACUAUUUCACUUUGUUUCUUGCCAAGGCCAACAACUAAAAAUCUCUCACAAGGCUAUUCACGAUUUUGUACUACAUCAGGUGCAGGCCUACUGCUAAUCGAAAUAGCACAGCCUCAGAAAACGUAUAUGAUCUGCAAUCCACUUACAGGCGUGUACAGAGAUAUUCCCGCAGCCAUAGCAAAGAAUUUCAUUGUAAUGGCAAUAAUGGACAACGGGGAAUCCUACAAAAUUGUGUGUCUGCCAAACGAAGAAACCCCCAGUUGCAUACAAAUUUACCAUUGCUUUGAAAUGUCGUGGCGGAUUGAAGAUAAAAUACCUCUGCCCGAAGGGGAUUUUCAUGUUGUUACCAUUCUUUUUGCAAAAGGUCUUCUCAUCUGUUGUUUACAUCAGAUGGAAUUUCUGAUUUGGGACAUGGAAUCUAAGCGAUCGGAAUUCGUGUCUUUUCCAGAGGCGAAUCUAUCAAUUCUCGGGGAUAUGAUAAAGUCAUGGAUCAGUCAACUAGUUGUUUGUGGGUCGACGAUCCUGUUUGUAGUAAGAUAUUUACAAUUUGCUGAAAACUGGAGCACAGUGAACUUUCAGGCGAUUGCAUGGGAAUUGUUUUGGGAGGAGGAGAAGUCGAUAUGGAGCUGGAAGGAGCUGACAAGAAUGCCUUCUAAUAUGUGUCGUCAAUUUAUAAAGCCGGAUUUUUCAGGUGGAAUGGAGCUGUCUGGUACGGAGGGUCAGUUUGUCGGGGUUGGGAAUUUUCUGUGUUUCGAAAGUGGGCAUAGUAAUAGAAAGCUAUUUGUCUAUAGUUUGUCUGAGAGAUGCUGGAGUUAG